CUUGCACCUACACGUUCUACCACACUCUCAAUCCACCUCUACUCAUGAUGUCAGCAUAGGGAUAAUAAAAAAGAAAGAAAGCUUUGUCUACGUCGUUGUUCUCCUACUCCUAGGGAGACGUUUGUAAGUCUGACUAAAUAAUUGCAACUGCUACCAAGAAUUGCAUAGAAUCAACUACGACUCGUAGAGUAGGUAUACGUAAGCACUAGAAAAUAAGAACUUCACAAGAUCAAAAAAAUGGUCGGAACCUCCUCUCGUUGCAUAUUGCUACUCGUGGCAGGUGCCACUGGACCUGGAGUCGCUGCCGUAAAACGCGUGAAGCCGCAUAUUCAGAAGUUAAGGAUUCACUUUUGACUCAAUGAGCACAUUACCGGAUCGAAGACUGGUGUAGUAGGAUUUAAUAGGACCGCUGAACGGUGGUCAUAUGCAGAUCAUCAACACCAUCGACAACCAGAAAAAAUGACCGAUAAACGACUGCUACCACAGAUACUAUGUCCAGAAUUCGACCAUAAUAGUGGUACACAACUGAAGAUUGGACCGAAUCUUUCACAAUACAACUCCACCGCGUCCUCUGCCUCUAAACCAACGGUCCUUUUUCCAAAAGUGGGUGUCUGGUCCGGCUGUAGCUGCGGCAGCUUUGUCCUCCGGGGCUUCUGCAGACCGUCCGACUACCUUUUCCGAGACACAAGCUCAGCUGCAACAUUACAUGUUGGACCCUGUUGCAAUGACAGACGCUUUUCAUAAUUUCGCAGCGUCCCACGGAAAGCCCUACGUUAGCGCUGUCGAAGGUAUGGAUAUCUCGUUCUUUUGGAUAGUCGUAGGUCCAAUCCGGUUCGACUAACAUCAUCAGCAAAUGACUGCUGAAUAUCUUUGUGCAUUACCAAAGGUCUCGAAAUAAACUCUAACUCAUCUUGGGAUAUUGCUGAAAGUGUGAUGAGAGGUCGCCAUUUUUCCGAUGUAUUCGAAAAGUUCUUGAACAACAUAGAUACUGACUCUUCACUCCCACCAACUUCUGAGAAUCUCACAGCUCACUCUUCGGCCGACAAUGACGGGAAGCAUUCGGAGAAGCACCAGUUUGGUUUUGUUCCUGCUCCUGGCCUCGAAGAAGAAUACCAAAACCGCAAGAAAGUCUUCGAGGACAACGUGUUGCGUGCGAUUGCCCAAAACACUGACUCAAAGAUGGAGCUGCUCGGAAAGAAUCGCAUCAACCGUGACGGAUCAGGUAUCUUGCGUAAAUAAUCCUAAUUAAGUCUUGAACUCAUACCUCAUGCUAGGUAAAUGAAUGAAUGAAUGAAUGUUUUAGAAGAGUCGCAAGUACCGCUUCUCCUGGUCGAUCGUUAAACGGGUUCGUCCUCACCAAAUCAACUAGUACGAGAAUGUGAAUAGAGACUGAUACUGUCGAAGUCGAUUGAGAUUGUUCUAGCUACUUAUUAUACUUCUAAAUCCACCUAUUUAAUAUAAAUAUCUACUUCCAAGAACCUGUCGUCGUCAAUCACCCACACAGUCCCGGAUGAAUUCGAGACGAAGCUGGCUCGAUUCGGUGUGACGAAGUUCAUGGACUUGAAACCCGAAGAGUUUGCACACUUCUACCUGGGCAUGCGUAACAUGAAGCGUACUGAGAAGAAGGCUUUGAUGGACAACAUGGAAAAAGGUAACUUGUACUUGAAAACGUCUGUAGAAAGAGUCCUUGUUUGUUUUUUAGGCUUGAUCCUGAGAGGACAAUACAGAAAAGGACCACCAGAAGCGACUACCUGUUGUAUGUAGAAAUCCCAUGUUCACACAUCUUCUAGUUCCACUUCUACCUGAUAUAAUUUUUUACAUGUUGUGACUUACAACAGACAUCUGCACCUACAUCUCUCCUUCACAACACCCUGCAGAAGACGUGCGCCUGGCCAUCAGCAGUGACCGCUUCUUGCCGAAAGAAAGCCUUCUUCCCACUGAGACGAAGGACUGGCGCGAUGCUGAUGUCAUCACGGAUGUCAAAGACCAAGGACAAUGCGGCAGCUGCUGGGCGUUCUCCUUAUGAAGAAAGUCGUACUACUGCUACUCGUACUAGCUGUAUCUAUGAUAUGAUCCUUGUGGAACACAUGAUAAGUCCAAUCCGAAUCAUCAACUAACAUCAUGAUCAUCAUCGUCAUCAACCACGUAGAACAAGUUGAAUUCGAGCGUUCCUACUGGUAAUCUUCGCAUUCUAAUAUCUACGGUAGAGCAGGUGGAAUCGAUGGCUCGCGUGGAGGGUAUCACGACCGACUUCGUUGGCGCACCGCAGGAGCUUGUUUCAUGCGACCACAAUUUACGGGUCUAAAAAACUACUCGUUGUAACAAGAGAAAGACAACCACGAAUACCAGAGCUGUAGAUGAGAGUCUUCAGAAAAUUUUUGUACCAUCUUUCUCUUGUAAAUAAUAACCCAGCGAAGCGGCCUAAAACCACAUAAGUAAACCCUCUCGCAGAUCCACCCUCUUGGUUGCUAAAAAAUGGCGAUAUGGGAUGCAAUGGUGGAUUGCCAACCAACGCGUUUGACUGGUUGGAGGACAAGCCCCUUGAGGCCGAGGUAGACUACCCCUACAUGUCCGGAAUCACUCGGGAAACCGGAAAAUGCAAGGCCGACUUCAGCGAAGGAAAGAUCAAAGUACUAUCCUCGGAUAUUCACAGUUAUGAUUUCGUCCGACUCUGGGAACAAUUAUGAAUGUGUAAGGGUAAUAUUAUGUUGGUAUUACAUUGGAUGCGUAUGCCAGUACACAAAUCACUUAGUACCUACUGAAUUUGGAAUAGAGAUUGGCACAGAUUAAUUAUGGUGGUGGUGCUUCAACCUGUUGUUUACGUGUUUUUUGAUAUUUCACCCGCCAGGUGACCAGUUUCAAGUCCAUCAGUGAAGACGAAAAGGACCCGUUUCAUACCGGCGAGAAGAAAAUGAUCAAGUACGUGCUGCAAAGUGGCCCGCUUUCUCUUGGUGUUGAUGCGCAGCAAUGGCAACUCUAUUCGGUAAAAAGCAACAUACUUUUACUUUUAGCUUUUCACCUGUUUACGCACCUCUCAUUUCCUGUCUCACGUAACUUUCUACCACUGUCUAAAGGGUUUCUAAGGUCAGUCGGACGGUGUUGUGAGGCUUUGUUGAUGCAGUUGUAUGUUGUCGUUUGAUCCUAGUAGACUUUCCUAGUAUAUCCGAAUUGUUCUUGUCAAAGGCGUGCCAGUGUGCCGCAAUUCUCGUUAGGAGGAUUCAUUUCUAGAUCUUGUUUUAUUCGUUUUCAUCUUUCUCAAGGCCUGCAACCAAGACACCUCUUUUGUUUUGCUUUUCCUCUCUGUUUUCCGACGUUCUAACUUUACAUGUUGUAGAUGCCAGCAUUGUCGUACGAUUCUAUACCUCUCUUUUCUCAGGGUGGUGUGAUGAGCGCUACGUCCUGCGCCGCUGAGCAACUGGACCACGCCGUGCAGGCCGUCGCUUACUAUGGUGAUGCCGAGGAACCCUACUGGGUCGUGCGCAACUCGUGGUUAUGGUGUGCGUGUACAAUUGAAGGGUCUGAAUUUCUUCUGAAAAACAUUAACAUACACAACGCAGAUAGAAGAACCCAGGAAGUAGAAGAAGUUCUGCGUCGUGAGCUGUGUUAAGAUGUGUUUUCUCACGUUGCUAAUCCGGUCAAUCUCAAUAGACAACUAGGUAUAUCAUCAUCAUUCCUCCUCUAAUGUCGAACACCGACUGGGGUGAGGAGGGCUUCAUCCGUCUGGCUGCUGGCGAGAAUGCGUGCAUGAUGGCAGGCAUGGCAACCACCGUGUCGGUGGAGACGGUUGACCCUGUGAAAACUGUGGAGACUCCGGGUCCGCGCAUCGAAGAGGUCCCCGAAGAUAUGGUAGUGUGAAGUGGGCUGAUUACUAGUAGUCUUGAAAUAUCUAGAAAAACUAUCUGAGGUGCACUGAUGAUGAAACAUGUAGGUGGUAGAAUCGAUGUCUGACUUCCUAUCCAUAAGUAGGUAGUUCUAUAUUCCUACGUGAACAUCCAUUUACGACAAGAAAAGAUGCAUGCGAAAGCAAGGUUUGACGUUGGUCAUUGAUGUUGGGAGUUCAUUUUCAUUUUGAUGUUUUGAACGUAUUCUUCUGCUCCUUGGUGUCAGUUUUCAUUGCAUUUUUGAGAAUAGAGUAGUCAUUGUCAUGCUCAACACAGAGGGAUUAUAGAGUGACACGACUUUCUAUUUCUUGUAUGUUCAAGGCGAUCCUCAUAAUUAUCAUAGGAUAGAAAUUGCAGCAUCAGCUACAGAUUUCAUAAUCUUCAUAGAGUAUUAUCAUUACAGUUCAUGCUCAUUCAUUCAUGAUUAUUAGCACACUGAGCAUGGUUGAAGUUGAAAGUAGUUGUAUCUUACCACACUUUCAAUCAUACUAGCAUUCGCCCAGCAUAGACUCAAUAGAAGGAAUCGUCCAUAUUGUUGCUUCAUCACAACAGCUGAUGUGUCGCAAUUUGAAUAAUUCCCACAUUCUUGUUUGCGAAAUCGAUAAUCUUCCUGUUGAUCAUGACUCCGACCACGUAAGAACAACAUCUCAUGUUGAGGAAACUACUUUCUUUCGGGUCGCACUUGGCCCCGUAGGAACAUACAACGAGGAAGAACAGAAUGUAUGAAGAAAAGGAGAUUAGAGCAGUACAUGCGAAGAGAUAUGUGUUUGGCGUUACUGCCCGUUUACUAGCAUGCGCAUGGGCCCUAAAACCCGAAGGACCACGAUCGGGGGAGCAGAUGGAGCCACGAGAAGGGAUUUCGACCAACCAGCGACUGCGCUCGCAGUCUGCAGCCCUUACGAAGUUAGUGUUUGAGCGUCAUGAAGGUAACUUGGAGAGGAAAAGAUGCUGUUGUCUAGUAAUACGCUUGAGAGAAGCGGGUGAGAGGAAAUUUAUAUCAAAAGUAG